GGCAAGAUGGCGGGGAUCGUAGUCCGCCGAGCUGCGUCUGCUGCCAGCACCUCUGUGAAGCCCAUUUUCAGUCGGGACAUGAAUGAGGCCAAGCGAAUAGUGCACGAGCUCUACGGCGCCUGGUAUCGGGAGGUGCCGCACACUGUGCACCAAUUCCAGCUGGACAUCACUGUGAAACAGGGACGAGAUAAAGUCAGAGAAAUGUUUAUGAAGAAUGCCCACGUCACAGACCCCAGAGUGGCUGAUCCAGUCAUUAAGGGAAAGAUGGAACUGGAAGAAACGAUUAACGUAUGGAAGCAGCGGACACACAUCAUGCGGUUCUUCCAUGAAACAGAAGAGCCAAGGCCAAAGGAUUUCUUAUCCAAGUUCUAUGUUGGCCAUGACCCAUGAAGUCACGCAGUGGAAAGGUGCAUGUUCAUGUUAUUUUAGAGAACAAAUAAACUCACUAUACGAUGGUCAAAAAAAAA